AUGAUGGAAGAAGAAGGUAUGGUGGUGAAUCAAGGCCAUGAUGAGCUGAUGGCCUUGCCUCCCGGAUUUCGUUUCCAUCCCACCGACGAGGAAAUCAUAACUUGCUAUCUAACGGAGAAGGCGGUCGACAGCAACUUCACCGCGACUGCGAUCGGUGAAGCUGACCUGAACAAGUGUGAACCUUGGGAUUUACCCAACAAGGCAAAGAUGGGGGAGAGGGAAUGGUACUUCUUCUGCCAGAGAGACAGGAAGUAUCCUACAGGCAUGAGAACGAAUCGAGCAACGGAAUCUGGAUACUGGAAAGCCACCGGAAAAGAUAAAGAGAUUUUCAAGCGCAAAACCCUUGUGGGGAUGAAGAAGACUCUUGUGUUUUACACCGGCAGAGCUCCAAAGGGUGAGAAGACCAACUGGGUCAUGCACGAAUACAGACUCCAUGGCAACCUCUCUAAGUCUACAAAGGAUGAAUGGGUUGUGUGCAGGGUUUUCCACAAGAACAUGGGGCUUAAAAAGACAAGUAGUCCCUUAUCUCCUACUGAUCAAGGCGCCGGCGGCCAGCUGCUUAGGCUCAACUCUUUUGGGGAUGAUUUCUUGGAUUCUUCUUCACUCCCACCUCUCAUGGAUCCUACUCCUUCCUAUGACAAGUCUGCAGGCUCUUAUAGCGGCUACUACGGAGAGCACAACGACCACGAUACCAAAGGAAACAUCACAGCAGCACCCUUAUCAAUACCAGCAGCCAAUAAAAAUACAACACCAGCAGAUUUGCAAUACUACUUUGAAGUUGGCUCUUCCACUCGCCAGAUGAACAGGUUUCAGCUUCCCAACGCCGCCGGUAGCAACCAAAUGAGUAACCCAAUGGCAACCUCCACCAUGUUAUACCCUCAGAUUCAUCAUCACCACCAGUUGAUUCCAAACCCUUCCUUCUCUUUUCAGCCAAAUAAUAACCUUGAUUAUUACUUGCGACAAGAGAUAAGGGGCCCCAGGACUUCAAUCCCAAACAAUCAAGGCUCCUCCUUUAACUUUCAAAGCAGCGCAAUUGAUCAUCAGGUCACAUUAAGAGCAAUGGCUGCAGCUAAAAACAACCACCACCACAUUGAAACUUCAGUAACAACAGCAGGCUCAGGAGGCUUAGAUAGCAGACAGUGCAAGCUGGAGCAGUAUUCAUCCAACCAGUCUAUGUUUAGCGUCUCGCAAGAUACCGGAUUGAGCACCGCUGAUAUGAAUACCACCGAGAUAUCAUCAUCAGUUGUCACAAAGCAAGAAAUCGAGGUUGGAAGCAGCAACACAUUAUAUGACGAUCAUCUUGAAAGUCCAUCUGUUGUCCCUAUUUCGGACAUUGAAGGCUUGUGGGACUAUUGACAUUUGAAACUAAUUACACUAUAGCUAGCGUCUUGAUUACUGCUUCUAAUUUAUGGUUCUUUAAUUUUCACUCUCAAAUUCAUAGGUGAUUAAUUUGUCAAAAUGAGAGCUUAUUGCACAUAAAAUAGUGUAAAUAGUACUAGUACGCGUAGUACUAGCUUUCAGAUUAAUUACAUUUAAUUAA